AUGACCUCUCAAUAUAGCUUAACAAAAAGUUGGACAUUAUUGCGUUAUGCUCUUGAAAUAAAUCAUCAUUCACCACUGUCAAGUCAAAACUCAUCACCAUCAUCAUCAUCAAAUGAACGGCAACAACCACAACGUCUAACUGUUGAUUUUUCCGAAGGACCUCUUAGUGUAAAUUUCAGUACAACUCAACAAUUGUAUGUUCUGCGUGAUGAAACAGAAAAAAUCGAAUGUGUUGAUUUAUCGUCUCCUAAUCCAUCGGCAAUAUUUGCUACUUAUACUGGCGAUAGUCUUUUAAUGAGUUAUCUUAUUCCCAAUGACAAUAUUCAACGUAAAUUUUUAAUCAAAUUUGCUUCAACUACUAAUCAAAAUGGUCGUCAACAUUGUGAAGACUGCGUCAAACUACUUUCGCGUUUAAUUAAUAUUACGCAUUUCGAUUCGAUAUCAUUAUCAUCCAUGACAAAUCCUGUUGAGAAACCGAAUUCAAUUCUAUCCAUUACUGAUAUGACAAAAGCAUUAAUGGGCGAUACUUCAAUCAAAUUACCUCGAUAUUAUAAUCAAGAAAUAUCGUUCGAUUUAAAUCGACCCAAUGAGUUUUUAGAAAAAUAUUUAUGUGAUGAAACAUUUCCUGAUUUUGUUGCUAGUGUUGCAUCGAUACUCGAUGCAAUGAAAGAAGCUUAA